CGACGACAUAUGGAAAUGGUUGUUGUUGGCCUCGUGGUCGCCCUGUUGGCCUUCCUGGGAGUAUUAGCAACCUCAGAGGACCCCUCAGUCGAGAUCUCCACCGGGCCAGACACCGCUGUCACCUACAUCGGCACCUGCAUACCGCAAAAUGGCGUGGGCGACGACGAGAGCGGCGUCGACGCCUACCUGGGCAUCAAGUACGCCGACGCGCCUCGCUUCACCGCCCCCUCCACCCUCCUGCCGAAACAAGGCGAUGACCUCACGAUCGACGCCACGCAGCUCGGCCCUGCCUGCAUCAGCCUCUGUGGAAAGAUCAACCAGAGUCCCUUCUUCUGCGGGGACAUCGAGAGCGCGGUGGAAGACUGUCUGUUCCUCAACGUGUGGGUGCCACGCAAGGCCGCCGCCGAGGCGAAGCAGAAGAACCAGACGCUCCCGACGAUCGUUAUCAAUGUUGGCGGAGGCUUCUACACGGGAAGCGCCACUGCCCCUUUCAAUGAUGGAGCUGCGUUAGCGCUCGGCACCAGCUCGGUUGUGGUCAAUUACGGGUAUCGGCUUGGGGUCUUCGGCUUCCUCUUCUUGCCGCCCGCUAUCGAGGGCAACUUCGGCUUCUUGGACUCUAUUGCUGCACUCCACUGGACGAGCGAGCUCAUCGAGGUGGGCAACAACAGGCAACCACGUGUGUCAGUCAGUCAUCAGUGAUGAUCGUUCUGCUGUCGUUCUGCCCACUUUCAGAACUUCGGUGGCUCGUCCGAGUUGACUUUGUGGGGCUUUUCUGCGGGAGCAACCCUCAUCAGCUGCCACCUGGUCUCUCCUUUGAUCGAGGAGCUUGGCAUUAGCAUCAAGAACGCCAUCCUCACCUCAUCGAGCUACGGGCUGCCCUUCAACUCACCCGACCAAGCAGAGAAGUUCUCGUCAUUGGCCCUUUCAGUGGUGGGUUCGUGCAGCCGCGGUGACUUUGACGAUGCCGAGGCGUAUGCCGAUUGCCUCAGGAAUGCCCCGCUGAAGGAGAUUGCGCAGUCCAAUUCGAUCAACUACCUGGCGCAGGUAGUGACCGACUUCUUUAAGUUGACGGAGGCCAUCACGCCCGUCCCUGACGGGCAUGUUAUUCCGCGAGAGUGCUACCAGUCCCUGCUAGAUGUGAGCAGCACUCGCAUGACAUGACAAGGCAGACCAGUACAUGGGCUGGUUCUCUGGGCUUGUGUGCAGGGUGAGGGUCUGCAGGUGCCACUGAUCCUCACUACUACCAACAAUGAGGGGACGCCAUUCAUCCGGCAGGCACUCACCGUCGUCGACAGCGUGGCCAAGGUGGUGACGCCCCUCAUCACCAACCCCGUCACAUACACCAGCCUUAUCAUAUCGCUCUUUGGCGUCAAGAGAGGCCUGGUCAGCCAGCUGAACAGAAGAAACGACAACCGUCACUUCAGCGCAUCACUCGCUCUCCGUCUGUCUGCUUUCAGGACGUGCUCAAGCUGUAUCCCCCUCUCGGCAACCCAGGUGCCCCCGGCGAGCCAUCCGGCAGCUUGCCAAAGCCGUCAGAUCCCGAUGCAGGCAGCUCUUUCUCAUCGGCGUUCGGUGACUACAUCUACAGCUGCCCCGCACGGCCACUCUGCGGCUUAAGGGACAACUGCUACCUGGGUUACUUUGAUGCCGGCUUCUCAUCCAGCCGGUCGCCAUCCCUUGCAGACGAGGUGGACGCGUCGCUGGGGGGCACAUAUCGGGAGUUCUGCCAGCCAGACGAUGUGAGGUGUCAUCUGGAGGAGCAGCCGUGGAUGCUGCAGAGUGCAGGCAUCUUCUUGGAGGACGACAAUGGGGAGCGGUUCAAGUACACGGACGCUGAGCUGGAGGCACUUGAGGUGUUUUGGGCAUACAUACGGAAUUUCAUCAACAGCGACGAUCCCAAUAACGGGGAGGAGGUGCCUGAGUGGAAGGACUAUUUUUUCAGCGCCGACGGCGAUGACCCCUUCCAGGCGCUCGCCGUGAUUGACGGCGAUGUGAAGGCCAAAACGUCUCCAGGAUUCAAACAGGAAGUCUGCAACCUAUGGGACUCGAUCGACCCACGGUGAGGGACCCACAGAGACGACUUGUUUGGCCACAUGACGCUUGUUUGUGUGCGUGUGUGUAGGUACUCGGUCUCAUGGAAGAACCUGCCUUCAGCCUUCAGCCUCUUUGAGGAUGAGCAGCCGCCCGUCGCCUCCACACCACCACGCCUGCAUUGUGUCGGCCACCGGGCCCUCUCCCCCGCCGUCAAAGAGACAUGGAGGCAGGCGAUAAGGGAAGACCCCGUCCCGACAGGAAUGGGUCUCUCUCUCGUCAACGACUUCUUUUGCGAGGCCGCUGACAGCGAAAGGGAAGGCGAGACAGAGUCUUCCACCAACGACCGCGAGCCACCGUCUGAAGAGUUUCUGUCAGUCGUCAAGGUUAUUGAGGAGCAGCGGGCAAGGGAGAGGGCGCGAUGGGAUCGUGCGGUGUCGAUUGAUGACACUGCAGGCUUGGAGGUUGAGGCGCUGAUGAAACAGUAUGGCUUCUUUCGGUAGCCUAUUUGGUCUGGCCGAUGGUAGGGUGCUGUGUCCCCCCAAUGAAUGCAUGUGCUUUGGACUUGCCAGCCGGGGUGCGUUCGUGCUGUCUGCCUGCCUACCUGCCUGUCUUCUGCCUGACUACGUACUUGGGCUCACAUCACAUAUCACAUACACGUACACCUUUUGCCGAUUUCUUGAAGGAUUUGUCUUUGGCCUGGCUGCCUGGCUGCUUGUCUGUGCCUGUGCUCGCGUAGAUCGGUGUGAAUCGUGUCAUUGUACUCAUUGCAUUGGCCCCUUGACGUCUCUCAGAGAGGGAGAGCAUUGGCUGGACAGACAGAGGAGUGGAUAUGUGCGGAGACAAGUGCGAAGAUGAAGGAAACUGGAUUGAGAGUAUCCGACUUCACUGUGUCAGCAAGCGCAAUAUAUAUUGAGCAAACGUUUCGUGAAUAGGUCUGUCUGUCCACGUAUCAAUGCACUCACUGUCCA